GUUUUUUUUUUUCCUGAACUAUUUGUUACAUGUUUUCCACAUUCCUGCAUGCUCACGGUCACGAACGUCACUGGGACGGGAUCUGGCCAUGAAGCACUGAAGUAGUUAUUUUGCCGGGUUUUUGUGCGACAGGUACAUUUUUCUCCUUAGUAAUCACCCCAGCAACAACAAACAGCGCCGCGCCGGCCAAUGAGCUUGUGCAGCCGCCUCUGUCCUCACUUCCUCCGGCUGCGCUGCGCUGGGUUUGGCUUGGCACCAUCAGCCAGCACGCAGCCAUCUUGGACGGAGCUCUAUCUGGACUGGCGAACCCAACACUUCUGGAUGGGAGGAAUUUAAUCAACCUGGAGUGAUUUCGAGCAUUUUGUCUGGAGCCAAGGGACGAAAGUGCGCAUUCAGACAGCUUACCUCAAGAUCCAGAACCGGUUUUAUGCGGACGCCCCCCUCCCCUUUUCCUUGUCUGAACGCUGUGUGCAGUUUCUGAGGGGCCUGUGAACUGUUUGUGCUUGAGUUUACAAUAGGCACUUGUGGCAAAGUUUUUUAAAGUAAUCCAGAGCAGCAUAUUGGUUAUGACCUGUUGGCUGCCAGGUCUUCGUGGAGAGUUGCGCCUUUGUGUCACCGGUGACCUGUUGUGCCGUUAUGCGUCUGGAUAAAUUAUUGCAUUAAUCUGGAUCUUUUAUUCGUGCUGGAAUUUGCUGUUGAUGUUGAUCGAAUCCAUGAUCUUCAUCAGCUGGUGCCCGGCAGCUGUCCACCCUGCGAACUGAAGCUUGCUGUGAUCAGACAGACUUGGACUGCAGGAACCACUUUGGAGAUAAAGACACAUUAAAAUGUCAACUAGAACACCACUACCUACUGUCAAUGAGAGAGAUACAGAAAACCACACAUCACACACGGAUGGGCGGAAUGAAGUGGCGUCCCGUCCCGGGCGUUCAGGGGCCCGCUGUCGAAACUCCAUCGCCUCCUGUGCCGAUGAGCAGCCACAUAUCGGCAACUACCGGCUCCUCAAAACCAUCGGCAAGGGCAACUUUGCCAAGGUCAAAUUGGCACGACACAUUCUCACAGGACGAGAGGUGGCCAUAAAAAUAAUUGAUAAGACACAACUUAAUCCUACCAGCCUUCAAAAGCUCUUCAGGGAAGUAAGAAUAAUGAAGAUUCUAAAUCAUCCAAAUAUUGUAAAGCUGUUUGAGGUCAUAGAAACCGAGAAGACACUUUAUCUGGUGAUGGAGUACGCCAGUGGUGGGGAGGUGUUUGACUACCUCGUAGCGCAUGGACGAAUGAAGGAGAAGGAGGCCAGAGCUAAAUUUAGACAGAUUGUAUCAGCGGUUCAGUAUUGCCAUCAAAAACACAUUGUCCACAGAGAUCUCAAGGCAGAAAACCUACUCCUGGAUGCCGAUAUGAACAUUAAGAUCGCAGACUUCGGUUUCAGUAAUGAAUUUACUAUUGGGAACAAACUAGACACGUUUUGCGGCAGCCCGCCUUAUGCAGCCCCUGAGCUUUUCCAGGGCAAAAAGUAUGAUGGGCCGGAGGUGGACGUGUGGAGUCUGGGGGUCAUACUCUACACACUGGUCAGUGGAUCACUGCCCUUUGAUGGACAGAAUCUAAAGGAGCUUCGUGAACGGGUGUUGAGAGGCAAAUAUCGAAUUCCCUUCUACAUGUCGACUGACUGUGAGAACCUCCUGAAACGCUUCCUGGUGCUGAACCCUGUCAAACGGGGAACACUUGAGCAAAUCAUGAAGGAUCGAUGGAUCAACGCAGGCUGUGAAGAGGACGAGCUCAAGCCUUUUGUGGAGCCAGAGCUCGACAUUUCAGAUCAGAAGAGAAUCGAUAUCAUGGUAGGAAUGGGUUACUCAAGGGAGGAGAUCCACGAAUCUCUAACCAGGAUGAAGUACGAUGAAAUCACAGCUACCUACCUGCUGUUAGGAAGGAAGUCCACUGAGUUGGAGGUGAGUGAUUCCAGCUCGAGCAGUAACCUCUCUUUGGCGAAGGCCAGACCUAAUAGCGAGCACAAUAAUGGCCAGUCACCAUCUCACCUCAAAGUCCAAAAGAACGUCUCCUCCAACCAGAAACAGCGUCGUUACAGUGACCAGGCUGGUCCAACCAUUCCCUCGGUGGGUUACCCCAAGAGAAGUCAGACCACUUCUGCAGAAAGUGACCAUAAAGAAGAGGGCAGUGCACAGGCACGUAAGUCCAGCUCAUCUGGAAGCCGUGGCAUGGCUCCACCAAGCCCCAUGCUGGGCAACGCCAACAACCCAAACAAGGCCGACAUUCCUGACCGCAAAAAGAGCGCCGGUGCCCCUGGGAGCAAUUCUGUGUCUACCGGUAUGACCAGGAGAAACACAUACGUGUGUAGUGAGAGGAACGCCACAGACCGCCACUCCGUCAUCCAGAACGGCAAAGAGAACAGCCUGAGUGAAAUGUCGGGAUGUUUCAGCACGAGUCCGACGGCAUACGCCGUCGCUCUCGCCAGCUCAUCAGCCUCAGUCCGUCUGCGCCACCAAAAGGCCACGUCCCUCUCGGCCUCCGGACACACCUGCCGCGCCACCUUGCCGCCCAAUGACGGCACCUCUGAUCUCUUCAGGCCCAAUACGAGCACGGCUCAGACGAGUCAGCGGAACCCCGGUGCCUCCACCCACAGCAUUAGUAGCGCGACUCCUCCGGACCGCCUGCGCUUCCCACGAGGCACACUGAGCCGCAGCACUUUCCACGGAGGCCAGCUGAGGGAGCGACGCACGGCCACCUAUAACGGACCUCCUGCCUCUCCAACCUUAUCGCACGAUGCCACGCCACUCUCACAGUCCCGGAGCCGCGGAUCAACAAACCUCUUCACAAAGCUCACAUCCAAGCUCACACGCAGAAAUAUGUCAUUCAGGUUUGCCAAAAGAGUGCCGACAGAAUGCGAUAGAAAUGGGAGGUAUGAGGAUUCAAGUCGUAAUGUGUCUGGGGAUCAGAAAGAGGAACAUAAAGACGCCAAACCCCGCUCGCUACGCUUCACCUGGAGCAUGAAGACCACCUCGUCCAUGGAGCCCACCGAGAUGAUGCGCGAGAUCCGCAAAGUCCUGGACGCCAACAAUUGCGAUUACGAGCAGCGCGAGCGCUUCCUGCUUCUAUGCGUCCACGGCGACGGCCACGCCGAGAGCUUGGUCCAAUGGGAGAUGGAGGUGUGCAAACUGCCCCGCCUCUCGCUAAACGGUGUGCGCUUCAAGCGGAUAUCAGGAACGUCCAUCGCUUUCAAGAACAUCGCCUCGAAAAUUGCCAACGAACUGAAGCUGUAAGAAAAGAAAAAGUUGAAAAUGUGAAAAAGCAGCAAAAAGGACUAAGGCACAAAACUAGAGUAAUCAAGCUGUACAUUCUUUUUGAACAAGUAGCAGAUACAAGGAUUGUUUUCCUUAAACACUUACAAAGUAUGUACUGAAAAUAUUGUAUAGAAUCAUGCCUUAGGCAAUAAUUUCCUGCAUCUUUGAAGCAUUAUUAAUAUUAUUAUUGUCGUUAUUGUUGUUAUUAUUAUUAUUAUUAUUAUUAUUGUGGGAUGGUUUCAAACUGUAGGAAAACAAUGACGGUUUCAUUUCUGUUUUUUGUUUUGUUAAUGCACUACUGCAGUAGGUGCCCUGUGGGGCCAAAAAAUUAACACCAGUGACUGAAAAUGUGUGUUUUAACCAGACAGACAGAAGAGGGACUGUUAAUCGCUCCAGUAUUUUUUUCUUUAGCGUUCCAGCCCUUGAAUGCCAAACCAAAAUGGCCAGCAUUGAUUUAGGAAACUGAUUUGCACAUUUCCCCUAAAAGCACCAUGCAUCUCCUAUACAUCCAUUCCUCCACUUUCCCAACCCCUGUCCCUUUUCAGGAUAUUCCCACCUGUUGUUUUCUAGUCCUAGAUGUGACUGAAGACGGACCGGAUCCGACAGGUUCUGGUGCCAAGGAGGCGACUCACGUCCUCUGGAGCAAGUGCACUUCAGGAAACCUCACGGAUUCAGACGGGCUACUGCAAUGGAACGUUAAGAACGAGAUCAGGAAUGUUUUUCUUCCUGGUCUGUUUAAGUAUUUAGUUUCUUUCUUACAAAGUGUUUUUUUAAACAUCUGAGGAGAUGACGAAACUCUCUCAGAUGUUCUUGAAAUGUCUUUGCUUUGGCUCCGGGCCCCCAGGGUGCACCGUAGAGUCAUUCUGGGACAGAGUUCAGUUGAGAACUUUAACUUGCCGUUUCUAGGCUUCAGUAUUCACUCCCAUCCCUAAGAACCAUCGGCACUGUUGUUUAUUAUUAUUCUUAUUUUGUUUUGAUGUUUCUGUUCGUUUUUUGGAAUGUAAAUAAUGUACCUUAGUUUUGCAGCAACGGCAUAUUGAUAUACUUUUUUUUUCUUUUCUAAGUCUGGCUGUGAGUCGGAAACUAUGGAAAUUAAUGUAACUCAUCACAGAAUAAGGUUAAUCAGUGUCUCCAUUAAAACAACUGAAAAUCAA